AUGUCUCUCUUCCGAACCAUCCCUACUGCUGGCGACUUCGCCCCUCUCUUCCGCCUGCUGGACGACUAUGAUCUCCACCGCUCCGGCCAAGGCUCCUCAGUGACUUCUGCUCGCACCUUUGCGCCUCGCUUCGACGUCCGCGAGACCUCGGAUGGCUACCACCUCGAUGGUGAGCUGCCCGGCAUCGCCCAGAAGGACGUCGACAUUGAGUUUUCCGACCCUCAGACUCUCGUGAUCAAGGGUCGCACUGAGCGCGAAUACCACUCCUCGGACAAUGACGAGGCCCAGAACACCCCUGCCCCGGAGAACACCAACAACAACAACCAGGGCGAGGGCAGCGCUGUCGUCCCCUCGGGCGAUAAGCAGGUCUCCAAGAACAAGUCCAAGACCAAGCAUCACUACUGGGUCAGCGAGCGCUCCGUUGGCGAGUUCCACCGCACCUUCUCCUUCCCUACUCGCGUCGACCAGGACGCUGUCAAGGCUUCCUUGAAGAACGGCAUCCUGUCCAUUUUCGUGCCUAAGGCGGCUGCUCCUUCUUCGAAGAAGAUUACCAUCGAGUAA